AUGAGUUUAAAAGAGGAAAUUAGAGUCCCCAUUUUUACAUUGAUAAAAAAUUGUUAUAACCAAACAUGUCAAGAUUUGGUAUUAUUAAACUCGGAUGUAACUAAUCAACUAUCCAGCGAUUUAAAAAAGUUAUUUUAUUUUUAUAAUAAAAAGCAGUAUAACCAAAUUAAGAGUAUUUACGAAUCAAUUUAUAAAAUUACAUGGGACAAACUAUUAAACGAAGGAUCAUGGAACCAUAUUUGUUUAAGAGAAGCAUUUAUUAUGGGUCAGUUAGCAGGUGCAUCUUAUUACUAUACCCAAAACGACUUUAAUAAAGUAUUGGAAAUUUUAGAUUUAUCGUUUAUUUUAGGUGCACCAAAAGAAAUUUUAAUACCAUUUAUGACUGAAUGUACAAAUAAAUUAAAAGAGCAACCACAGUCAACAGGAAAAGAGCAAAAAGAAAUACCAAUGGUAUUGGAUGAAAAUAUAAACUAUUCAGAAUUUCCAAAAAUUAAUGAAGCCAAUCAAAUACCAAUCAUCACAUGCAAUAGCACCAGUAUCAAUGAUCAAGAAUAUGAAAAAGAAUUUAGUAAUUUCAAAUUAAAUCAUUUAGAUCCAAACAAACCAUGUAUAAUUAGAGGUGAUGCUAUUCAAUGGAGUUGUAUUAAUAAAUGGAAAGAUUUGAACUACUUUUUAAAUAACUAUGGAAAUAGAUUGGUACCAAUUGAAUUGGGCCAUAAUAAAUUAUAUUCAAAAGACAAAGCACCAGCAUCUGCAGAAGAGCAAACUCAAGAUUGGUCAGAAAAGGUAAUGAAACUAAACGAAUUUAUUGAAAACUUUAUGGUUCCAUCUAGCAUCGAUUCAAACAGUAUCAAAACCCACUCGAAAAACGUUGGUUAUUUAGCUCAACACGGUUUAAUCGAACAAUUACCAUCACUACUCGAUGAUUUUAAAUUCCCAAAAUUUUUACAAUCUACAGGUGAUGCCAAAGUACAUGAAACUGAAGAAGAAGGCAUUAGUCCACAUGUUUGGUUUGGAACAGGUAAUACAAUUACACCACUUCAUUAUGAUUCCUAUGAUAACUUUUUAUCUCAAAUUGUUGGUUAUAAAUAUGUACGUUUGUACCAUCCAAACAUGAAACCUUAUCUUUACGUUAAAGAACAUGAUGAAGAUGGUGAAGGUAGUUCAAAAACUGCACAAAAUAAUAUCAGUUUAAUUGAUAUCGAAAAUCCUAAUCUCGAGAAAUAUCCAUUAUUUGAAAAGGCAAACUCUAACUAUAUCGAAACUAUUUUAAAGCCUGGUGACAUGUUAUUUAUGCCAAGCGGUUGGUGGCAUUACUGCAGAUCAUUAUCCCCAUCAUUCUCUCUUUCAUUUUGGUUUAUUAAAAAAAAUAAUUAA